AAAUUCAUAGAUUUAUUUUCACUUGGUGUUCUGAACUCAAAGCAAAAUGAAGUUUCUAAUCAUCUUUUGUUCGGUGUGUGCCCUUUUCGGUCUGAACUAUGCCGCCAAAAAUCGCAUUUGUAAUCAACCUCCAGGACGAAUGGGAGGUCCUGUUGUCCUGUGCUACGCUCAUUUUCCAAGUUGGUCAUAUUAUGAGUCUUCUAACGACUGCAGGCGAUUUUACUACGGCGGCUGUGGAGGCAAUGACAACCGUUUUGAGUCGAAGGAACAAUGUGAGGAAAAAUGCAAAGUUUGAAGAGAAAUCGUUAUGUAAAAAUGAUCUUAAAAUAUAUAUAGCGGUUCAUUUAUUUGGUUUAUAAA